AUGCAUACUAGGAAGACUUUACACUGCGAAUUUAAGGCGGCUUGUGUUGGCCCAUCUGAGCUGACUACAAAACUUGUUCAAUCCUUCAAAGAUCUACUCACCCCCAAGCGCCAACCCAGUACUGCGGAGAACAGUCCGUACAUUCCGCGUAGAUCCACCACUGCUGGACUUCCUCCUGUAACUGCUUCUCCAUGUAGCGCCCGUCUGCCGCGCAACAUGCGUCGCUGGCGCUUACCUACUGUCGGUUCACCUGGUCCACCAAUCAAAUUCUCUGAGCCACAGUCUUCCACAGACAACACAGGCCACAAUGGGGAAUUCAACCCAGGAAUUCGGUCGGCCAACUCAUCUGUCAACUCCCACGAGCAGCUUACUAACCAAUUGCAAAAUCUUCGUGAUCACUGGUUCUACGUAGCCGGCGGACUAGCUGUUGGCAACCUUCAUCAGCGGCUCCUCACUGCUACGCUGUCCGCACAACUCCACGGUCGUAUUCCCCAGAAAUGUACCGGGUUCCCUCACUCACCCGAUAGUGGCCAGUUGCCUCCCCCGGCUGCGUGUGCAGUAUCUAGAUCCCCUUCAGUGCAAUGGCUUAACGACCACGAACGUACUCCUUCAGAGGAACCACAUACAAUGUCUCCUAACCCGCGCACCACCAACGUAUCGCAACUUAUUGUGUCUCUCACCACUUGUAACACUUGCCCACAUUGCCGAAAAUUCGUUCAUGAUGAAGAAAUCAUGGCCGCAUGGACCGCGGACGAAGAACAGUAUGAUAUUCGUUGUCCGUUCUGCUCUUGCGCCUUCGUACCCCAGUUGACUGUGCGGGUAUUAGGAGAGCUGAGACGCUCCGAUCUAUCUCCUAGCCCUCCCUGCAGUCCAAGAUCCCCACCUUCAAGGGGUGGAUCUACUCCUCCCUCGAGAAUUAUCAUGCCACCUGAGGGGCACGGCUACAAGCUGUCAUUCUACCCUAUUUUUCCUACCUCGUUUGAACAAUUCACCGAUGGUCCGCAUAGUUGUAUCGUUGUCAUGCACCCUGGGUUGACCAGGCAGGGUCGAUCAACAGUGAAUAGCGAUGAUUACGUUGAACGACCUCAGCAUUUCUACCUGAGUCCAUUUGCACUCCGAAAAUCCUUGGAAACCGUGCUACAGCGAGAGGGUGACGAGUGUUUCCGGUACAACCCCAUGAAGCACUCUUUCCUCUGUCGAUACGAGCGGCUCGCAUGGAAUCUGAUUUGGUACAUUCAUCGACUGGGUCUACCCACCCACUUGUUAGACGGUUUUGCCUCCUGGUUGAUGGAACGGCAGUUGGAACGACAGCGGAACGCCACUGCGGACACUAUGCGAGGGGAGAUACCAGGCAAGGUUUUGGAUGGAUUGUUGCAUGUCCAGCUAUCCCCUGACCUACCAGUACGGGUCUCACUCCGGUGGAACGCCUAUCACAACAACCGAGGCACGGUCAACAAACCGUUGUACAAGCUGUGGUCCCGACACAUGGCAGAGUACCGAAACCGCGGUAUCCGACCAUCAGAUUUGUUUGUUGACAAUCGACGUUCCGCUUUAAAGGAACGCAUUUUGGCCAUCUCUUCAUGUCCCGUCUACCUUGUAAUGGCGUACAUCGUCUCGGACAUUGUCUCGAACAAGGUGUUCUCCGCAUUGGACUUGCUCGUUCGCUUGCGUACAUCCGUCUUCACCAAAAUGCCUGUGUCCACUGUGAUUCAACUACGCGAGCAGCAACAACAUGCAGCGGAUGAAGGCCCUUCGGGCGACACACCCGAUACAGCUUCCAACUCCUCGCACAGCUGCAGCGAUGUAUCACCUCUUCCCCUCGAAAACUCAACCCACUCUCCUUGCACUGAAUCGCGCUGCUGUGUCUGUGCCUUGGAGGACUCGUUGUAUAGAGAGUUGUUGUUUCUUAUCCUGACAGCUUUGACCGCCCAAGGAAUCAACGUGGCUCAUUUCGACGAAGAGUAUCGCGAUGCCUACAUGCGUCAUCUGUCAAACCAGUGCCCAUCAUUGUUCGAUUCCGAUCGUGCACCGAACCAUGUCGCCGCGGCGUGUCGGCAGAUGCUUCGCCCUCUCAGUUUGAUACCCUAACACACCUCCAACACCGCGAUUUCCAUUGUUCCACAAUUCAGAUGUGACUUGCUGUGAGACUCUUGCGCCCCUAACUGCAUGAGUCGUAUCCAAACGGCUGUAAUUAUCUCCUGUCUGGUUAAUCCACCCCCAUUCCUUCUCUGCCACAUCCCGGCAACCGGAUUGUUGCAUCUUAUCCAACGCAUUGUUUCCUUCCUUGUCCACUUUCCUCUCUUCUGGUCCAAGUGUUUUGAAGUCCCCGUCGCCAUUCCUCCUACCAAUCACUCGCUCUGCACCUCUUCAUCGUUGGUUUCCCAUCAUUUUAUAGCCUUACUUCUAACUUUUGUCCCCCCUCCUCUUGUUUCUCGCACAUGUUACUGUGCGCUCACCUCCACACUCCAUAGCAGUCGUUCGUCGUGCAAUGCACAAAACCCCCUCUGUACUGUUCUUUCGCAACUGUUUCCGUUGUUUACCAGUCCCUGUUUUCGUGUCACUCCACUUCACCCACACACUGACUUCCUCUCUACCGACGCCAAACUGGUUCUCCGAUCGCAUUUAUAUCAUCGUAUUUCACCCACGAUUAGUAGACGCUUUUUUGUCACCAUGUUCUUACCCCCCCUCCCCCAUCUUGUAUAAGUGGAGCUUAAACAAUGGAAUUGCCAGUGAGAAAAUGGACAUGUCGACCGGGAUGCUGGGUUGAGCACAUUGGCAAGCCCGGUGUAUCAUGAUAGCUAACUGAGUCCCACCAUCGACCAUAUCCGAUAU